AUGCCCCCUGAUCCCCGUUCCCUCUUGCACACUAGUCCCUCGACUGAGCUGAAGUUGCUGGAGAAGCCCCCGGGACUGAGUGAAGGCAGCAAACACAGAGCUCAGGGCGAGCGCCAGAUUCCAGUUCUUCGAACGAGCAAUGGUCCAAGUCACGGACUGACUGCCAAAGCGGCUCAUCUUGUCGGGCCGGCCUGCAAACAAUGUCUGCUGGCGAGCCCCGCAGAGGGAAAAGCAAUAGUUCAGCCGGGUUUGGAGUGCAGGGUAACUCGAGCAGACGGACGCUCCAGGAAGGACGAUGUCCACACUCCGUCGAAGGACCGUAAUUCAGAUCUUGAAGGCACAGUCCACUCAGGAUAUAACUUUACCUUCGCAGACAUCCUAUUAUCCUACGGACUUCAUCGCUUUGUAGUUGACCUGACGGUUCAAGAAAAGGAGAAAUGUCUUCAUGUGUCUCACUGGUCUUGUCACAGUCGGCAUUACCCAGGGAUCAGGCAACAGGCCACAUCUGUCCAUUCUGUCUUCACCAAGAACAGAUGCUCCACCAUCCAGGAUGAGCUGGGCGAUCCCAGCCUGGCACCUUCCUCCUGGCCUCUCUGGCUCGCUAGUCCCACAGCUGGUAUGCUGAGUGACCCCAGCCUCAAGAGCAGCGACAUUAUCACCCCACCCCUCCCUGACCCAGAACAGUUUCAUUCGUGUUGGGAGUUUUUCUCCAAUAAUAAGAUCCUCCUUUUACUGAACUUGCGAGCCACGCAUUGCUUGCUGCACUUGACAGACAUCGACUUGGUCGGGACUAUUAAUAACCCCAUUGUACAGAUGAGGAAGCUGAGGCUCCACAAGACUGAAUGA